GCAAAACUUUCUUUUCCUUUUCUUCACUUUGUUACUCUUUAAUCCAUUCUAGCUUCUCUCAUCCAUGACUUUCCCCAAACACUCCGAAAAUUUCUCUUUGAAACCCCAUUGCAGCAUCACAACUACAGGAACACAGAAUCCUGAUCCACAGCUAGUUCUCAUAGAUUCAAGCUCUCUCUUUGAUGCACAAAAUUAGAGAGGAAAAAAACAUUCUACAGUUCUAUAGCUCAUUUUCUCAUACAUGGGCUCUCUCUUUUCUUUCACACUACUAAUUCUUUCAGCAUUAUUGCCAGAAAUUGAAGGUCAAGGGAUCAAAUCAGCUCGUCUUCUCGAUCUUCUCAUCCGCGAUUACACGUUCAGGUCCUACGACACAAAUUUUGGGACAGGAAUACCACACACAGUACAUCUACCAUCAAAUUUCUCAGGCAUCAAAGUGAAUACAGUGAGGUAUCGAUGCGGCAGUCUCCGAAGAUAUGGUGCAAAGGUCAGUGAAUUCCAUAUAGGGACUGGUGUCAUAGUCCAUCCAUGUGUGGAGAGAGUUAUGGUUGUCAGGCAAAAUCUUGGACACAACUGGUCUACUAUAUAUUCCUCAAACUAUGAUUUGUCUGGGUAUCAGUUAGCUUCACCAGUUUUAGGCUUACUUGCAUACAAUGCUGGCAAGAAUGUAAAUUUCAGCAACCCAUUUGAGCUUGGGAUUCAUGCUGCAGAAAAGCCGAUUCUCAUCGAUUUCAGUAAUACGACAAGGGUUGCUAACAUUUCAGGCAGCAAACCAUUAUGUGCUAGUUUUGAGGGUGAUGGAAAGGUCACGAUUAAAAAUCUGGUUUCUCCUUAUGUUUGUGUUGCAACAAGGCAUGGUCAUUAUGGUUUGGUGAUUGAGUCAUCGACCUCGCCCUCGCCAUCGCCACUGCCAGAGGAGGUUGUUGGGGGGAAGAUUAGCCGGUGGAAAGUGGCGGUGGGGAGCUCGGUUGGGGCUGCAAUUGGUGCUUUUCUUUUGGGGUUGCUAUUGGUUGCAAUGUUUGUGAAGGCUAAGAAGAAGUUACAGUUGGAGGAGAUGGAGAGGAGAGCUUAUGAAGAAGAGGCUCUGCAGGUGUCAAUGGUUGGUCAUGUAAGAGCUCCUACUGCAGCUGGUACUAGAACAACUCCUACAAUUGAACAUCAGUACAAACUUUAACCUUCCUGUUCUGUUCUUUUCAUUGUAAUUCUUUUUAGUAAAGUUAGAGAAAACAUUUGUUUCAGAAGGGGAAAUUAAAUUGAAUUUUCAUAAGUUCCAUACGCUGGAACACACACAGCAAUGUUUUGUUUUUUUUUUAACGAUAUGACAACCCUUUGGA